UCAUCCGGCAGGCACAAGAAUCUAGAAGGCGUUGGCCAAGAAAUCAUCGGAUCAUUCCCUAGUUCGUACCUGUCUAGGGGUAGAAAGUACCUCCCUAAGAAAUCGUCACAUACGUCUCUCAUUGUUCGAACUUUGCAGAGGGUGCUAGGCUACGGCGAUAUGCUUCUGGUAAACGCAGAGUGACAGAGUUUCAAGUGCCAAAAGAAGAUUAUGGAUGACGAAGAGCUGGCAGCGCUUCGCGCAAGGCGCCUUGGUGAUCUUCAAAAAGAAUUUGUUGGGAAUGGACCAUCAAAUGCUGAACGUGAAGCCGAGCAGAAGGCAAAGGCAGAAGACUUCAAAAAUCGUAUCUUGAAUCAAGUGCUCACUCAGGAAGCAAGAGCCCGAUUGAAUACAAUUGCCGUGGCCAAGCCUGAGAAAGCAGUCCUUGUUGAAAACAUGAUAGUGAGAAUGGUCCAGAUGGGACAGAUUCAAAGCAAGCUUCAAGAAUCCAACCUCAUUCAUCUUUUGGAAAGAGUGAGUGAGCAAACAUGCAAGAAAACUACUGUGAAGUUUGACAGGCGCAGGGCUGGCAUGGACUCCGAUGAAGAAUAUUAAGGCAAGAAUAAAAAAAAAAAUUGUAGAAGAUUUGACAUCUGCUCAUUUCUGUAAUAAACAACAGCUCAUACAGCGUG